AUGACGUCCGCGCGAGCGACGCGCGCCGUCCACGGCGUCGCCGCGUCGCCGCGCGCGCGUCAUCGUCCCCGCGGCGUCCGCCACCCCCGCGCGUCGUCGUCGUCGUCGUCGUCGGAAGACGCGUCCGACGCGUCCUCGUCCUCGUCCCCGCCGUGCCCGCCGUCGGUGUCCAUCCCGCUGUCGAACCGAUACGAGGUCGCGCUCCGGCGACACGCCUCGGACCCGUUCGUGGCGUACGAAAACGCGAACGGGAUCGUGAACCUCGCCGAGUGCGGCGCGAUUCCCGGCGGGCGCGACCGCGACGACGACGACGGCGGCGACGCCCCGGACCUGACCCCGGACGAGCUGAGGCGCGCGACGCUGGACGAGCUCCGAGAUUUGUUCGGCGUCGGCGGCGUCGUCGCGGAGGCGGCGGUGUCGGUAGCGUCGUUCCCUUCCGACGGCGGCGAUCUUCGCGCGGGCGGCGGCGGGUUCGUCUGGAUGCGACUCUCGCCGUUCACGGACCCGCCCGACGACUGGACGGGCGAGGCGGAGCUGUGGGAGUCGCUACUGGAGACGUACGGCCUCCUCUUGGCGCCCGGGGCGCUGCGGGGCGCCGCCGAGCCGGGGUGGUUCCUGUGCUGCGUGAACGGUCGAGACGAAGAGGCGCUGCUCGUGGGGAUGGAUCGACUGCGGACGCAGCUGCUGCAGCGGAAGUUCCUGCACGGACGGUGGUGA